AAGAGCUCCGGACACGAGUUGAGGACGAGCGGUGAUAUAAAAGCAGCAUCGCUGAGCCGUGUACUGCACAUCUGCCGGGAGACUUUUCAAGACUGGUAUUGCACCACACAGCUGUGACUAGCAGGACCUGCGAAGAUGACUUUCUACGAUGACAUUUACCCGUUCUACCCGCUACAAAGGACCUCUUUCAUCUUCAGCACCAACCUGCUGACAAUCAUUCUGGUCUUCUUAGUCCUCGCGGCGUCUUUCCUUCUUAUUCUUCCAGGAAUCCGCGGGAAAUCGAGGUUUUUCUGGAUGUUUCGGAUAAUCACUAGUCUCUUCAUCGGAGUUGUAAUAGUAGCGCUGAACUUCACGGCGGACUGGGCACAGGCCAGCAUGAAGGCCAACAGCACCUACAAGUCCUUCAGCAGCGCGGUGGUCGACGCAGACGUGGGCCUUCACGUGGGCCUGUCCGGAAUCAACAUUACGCUGAGAGGAAACCCGGUCAGUCAGCUGAAUGAGACUAUUGACUACAAUGAAGAGUUCAGCUGGACAGGCCAGCUGGAUGAGCAGUAUGCUGAGGCGCUGGACCGAGGGCUGCCCAACCCCAUCCUGUACAUCGCAGAGAAGUUCACACGCAACAGCGCCUGCGGCCUCAUCUACCAGUACAGAUACUCCGGACGCUACGCCUCGGCCACGCUAUGGACGGCGUUCUGCUGCUGGUUGCUAGCCAACGUCCUGUUCUCGAUGCCGGUCCUCCUGUACGCGGGCUACAUGAUGCUGACCACUGCGGCCUUCAUCUUCUUCUCCAUGGCGUCCUUCUCCACCAUCUACAACCUGCCCCAGUGCACCUUCACCCUGGGGGACACCACCUUCACCACCCACUACAGCCACUCCUUCUGGCUGGCACUGGCCACAGGUGUGUUGUGUGCGCUGAUUGGAGGGCUGGUGGUUCUGCUGGACCUGCUGGUCCCGGAGCGGGUCAGAGAAGUGUUCAGCACGGGCGGCGACGACGACGAUGACCUACACGACCAACACGACACACACGGAGGCUUCCCGCACGGAUUCUUCAACUCCGGCUUCCUGGAGGGAGUGACCAUCGAGGGGGGCCUGAAGAAAGGGGCCGCACUGGACUCUCACACCAUCUCACACUUAGUGGAGAGACUCUGACGGCAUUCGCUGCUCCAUAGCAUCCUUCCUGCUACUUGAUCAGAUGAGACGAGCUCGACAGAACCAACUGCAGCGAGUCUUUCUGCUGAGACCGCCCCCCCCACCCCACACACACACCCACAAUCCCCCGCCCCGUGUGAGGGCGACCCCCCACUGCCCCCUCCCUCCCUCCCUCCCCGCAUGAGAGCGGCGGUCACACACCAGUGUUCUGAGCCUGAUGUAAAUAUGUAUGUAGAAUGUAUGUACAGCAUGUAUAGCUAUGUUACAUUAUAUUAUAUUAUAUUAUAUUAUAUUAUGUUACCCUGCAUGUCUU